AUGAUUGUGACUGAACUACGUUUAUUAAUUUUUCUUUUUUGCAUCAUUUCCUUGAUAACACGAUCAUCAAUUUUUGUUGACGCGGUUGCUGGUCGUUGUUAUCUAUGUUCACAAAAUACACUUGCUGAAUGUGCUGGUAAUACACAACCUGAUUCACCUCUUUAUAAUACUAUUCUUCAAUAUUAUACUGAACCAUGUAAUGGUCAAUGUGUUUUAUUUCGAAAUGAAAAUACUGGAACAAUACGUGGAUGUUCAUGGACAUAUGGUCAUAUGACAUCAAAAUCAACUGGAUGGCAUGAAUUAAGUCCCGGUAUACAAGCAUAUUUUUGUGAUACUUAUCUAUGUAAUAAUGGUACAUUCGAUCAACCAGAAAAAGCAUUAACAAAAGUAGAACCAAUCAAUAAUGAAAUUAUUCCAUCUUCUCAACAAACAUUGAAUCCUCAACAAUUAUUUAUUCUAGCAGGAAAUACUCUUCCAAUUGUACAAACUGAUCAACAUUUACCAUCUAUCAACACUAUAUCUCAUCAAUUACGGCAAUGUUAUUCAUGUACAGCUCGUUUAACUGGUUGUGGCGAAUAUCUAGAUCCACUUUAUGUAUCAAAAUAUAUUCGUCCAUGUACAGCAAGUUGUAUUAUCUUUCGAAAUCCAAAUGAUCAUAAUUUAAUCACACGAGAUUGUUCAAUAUCUUGGCCACAAGUACAUGCUAAAAGUGGUCUUCACAAAUUACUUGGUACAGAUGCAUUCUUCUGUCAAGAAUCUUUAUGUAACGGAAUCAGUUUUGACUUUAUCAUGGGUAUUUUUCACAAUAAAUUACCAGCUGUUCUAACAUUUCCGCCAUCUCAAUCUAUUGAUGAUAUUUUGACAACAACAACUCCAAUGAAUAUGCAAACUAUCACUGAUACUUUUCCAAUUCGUACAACUAUUAAUAUUGAUGAUAGUGAUGAUGUUAUAUGGGAUGAUCCUGAUUUAGAUUUUGUUAUUGUUGAUCCUACAACAACAUCAACGAUUUCAAUUGAUAAUAGUAUAUCUAUACCUUUUUCAACUGAACUACCAGAUGAUGAUGAUCUAGAGAUUAUAUAUGAAUCAACAACCAUUCCACUUCAACCUAUUGAACAUUUUGAUUUACUUAAUGGAUUUUCUGCAAGUAGUACUAUAGCUGGUGGUGCAGCAGUUGCUCAACAAGAUUCUCAGUUUAACUGGUGGGAUGUAAAUGAAGCAUCAUUAACACCAUUCAUUGAACCCAACCUAUCUCAUUUAACAGCAACAACAACUUUACCAUCAAAUACUGUUACAAUCGUUCCAUCAACUAAUAAAUUAACUCAACUAGAUGAAAACGAUGAUGAAUGGGCUAUAUUUAAUACAAGUUCAAUACCAAUCAUUACAGAUUCAAAUUCUGAAAUUGAUUUCAAUAUGAAUGAUUAUUUUACUUUUCCAACAGCAUCAACUAUUGAAACUGUAACUAAUAAUACUCUACCAAUUAAUCCAUUUUAUUUUUCUAAUCAUGAUAUAAAAGAGCAAUUAUCCGGUUUAACUAAACCAAUACCAACAUUAGCAAUGCCACCAUUUUCUUGGAUGUUACAUUUAGCAAAACAAAAUCAAAGUAUAUUACAAAGUCGACAAGCAUUUAUCAAUAAAACUUCAUUACCAAUUAAGAAUAAAAAGAAGAAUAAGAAGAAACGAAUAGAAUUAAAAUCAAAAAUAAAUAAUCAUCUCGAACAUUUUUAUGACUAUUGUAAUAAAAAACAAUGUCAACAUGGUGGACGUUUAAAUUCCGAUUGUUUAUGUAUUUGUUUACCUUCAUAUAGUGGAAAUCAUUGUGAAAUAGUACAUUGUAAUCAAGAACCAGCACAUAUUUGUGAUUUCGUACUUGAUCAUGAAUGUAAAAGUGAUUAUGUUCGUUAUUUAUGUCCUAGAUUUUGUCAGAUGACGAUUUGUUCUUCGACUAAAUCGACGUAA